AUGUCAGUUGUAAAUUACAAGCCAUUGAAGAACCAGCGCAUUGCUUUUGUGAUCUUUGGUGCAUCCGGUGAUCUCUCAUUGCGUAUGCUUAUUCCUUCUCUCGAAACAAUCUCUUGCUACGACCCAUUUAACGAUGAUACACAGCUUAUCGGUGUUGCUCGUACAGAAUUCAAGGGUAACGAGCUUAAGGAGAAGAUUAUCAAGGCAAUCAAGCAGUAUGCACGUCUUGGACAGGGCAGUACUGAUGCAGAUGCUGCAUGCGAAGUCCCAGCAUGCUUCUUAAGACGUCUUAAAUAUAUUGCUGGUGAUUACUCAGACCCACAGACAUAUGCCAAGCUUAACGAAACACUUGAUCAAGGCAAAUUCGAAGGUGUUUUGAUUUAUUUCGCUACACCACCAACACUGAUCCGUCCAAUCACAGAAAACCUUGUAAAGGCUAACUUGAACACUACCGAUGACCGCUGGGUUAGAAUUAUUAUCGAAAAGCCAUUUGGUUGGUCAUUCGAUUCCGCUGUUGACCUCAACAAGGUUCUCCACAACAAGUUCAGCGAAGACGACAUCUAUCGUAUCGAUCACUAUCUCGCUAAAGAGACAGUUAUGAACAUUUUCACAUUCCGAUGGGGUAACACAAUCUGGGAGCCUCUUUGGAAUAGAAACUAUAUCUCCCACGUCGAAAUCCUUGUCGCUGAAGCUGUCGACGUCGGAAACAGAAUCGGAUAUUAUGAAGGUUCAUCUGUUCUUAGAGAUAUGAUUCAGAACCACCUUCUCCAGAUGCUUGCCAUUGUUGCUAUGGAGCCUCCAUCCGAAAUGAACGCCAAGGCAAUCAGAGAUGAGAAGUUGAAAGUUCUCAGAUCAAUUCGCCCACUUGAAAAGGACGAUUACAUGCUUGGCCAAUAUCUUGGCUACAAGGAGCACAAGGGUGUCGAACCAGACUCAACAACACCAACAUUCGCUUACAUCAGAUUCUUCAUCGACAACUGGAGAUGGCAGGGUGUUCCAUUCUACAUCUGCUCAGGCAAGGCUCUCCAGCAGAAGAAGUCUACAAUCAAAUUAGUCUUCCGCGACAUUCCACACGCUUUAUUCGGCGAUUCUACAAUCAACAAGCCAAACGUCCUCGAGAUCAAGGUCCAGCCAGAAGAAGGCAUUAUCCUCAACCAGCACGUCAAAGUACCAGGAAUUGGUCUUAAGACAGAUUCAAUUCCAUUAUCCUUCUACUACAAGCAGAAGUUCGGCGAGAACGCCUUACAGGGUGCUUACGAGCGAGUUAUCCUCGAUGCCAUCCACGGCGAUCAGUCCUUCUUCCCACGUUCCGAUGAAAUCGAAGAAUGCUGGAAGAUUGUCGACAGAAUCCUCAGACCAAGAUACGAUACAAUCAUUCCAUACGCACAGAAGAUGGAUGUCAGCUUCGGCACCAUCAAGCGCUGCAAGAAGAACAAGGGACAGCGUGUCACAUUCAAGAACGCAUCAGAACUUGUUCAGACAGUCACAGAACAGAUCACACGUAUCAUCUCAGAGACAAUUGAACGCAAGGGUGCCUGCAACAUCGCAUUCUCAGGCGGUCAGUCACCAAAGCCAAUCUAUUCCUUACUUACAACAGCACCAUUUGCAUCCAGAAUCGACUUCAGCAAGGUCCACAUCUGGUUUGUUGAUGAGCGCUGCGUUCCUCCGGACCACGAGCAGUCUAACUAUAAGAUGCUCAAUGAGAACAUGUUCAAGUUCCUUAAGAUUCCAGAGGAGAACAUCCACAGAAUGCGCGGUGAAAUCGAUGCAACAAAGGCUGCAAAGGAAUACGAGGAAGAGCUCAAGAAGCACUUCGGAACAGAAGAUCCAGUCUUCGACCUCAUUACACUCGGAAUGGGUCCAGAAGGACACACUGCUUCAUUGUUCCCAGGCACACCUGCUGUCGGUGAUACAAAGUCACUCGUAAUCGGACACUUCGUUCCACAUGUAAAGAUGUUCAGAGUAACUCUCGGAAGAAGAGUUAUCAACAACGCUGACAAUGUUAUGUUUAUUAUCACUGAUCCAGCAAGAAAGAACAUCAUCGACCUCGUCUUCAACGCUCCUUACGUCCCAGCUGUCAUUCCAGCUCAGGGAAUCAAGCCAAAGCAUGGCCACUUAACAUGGAAUAUCGUUAUAUAA